ACAAUAACAUUUGUGUACUGUCACAGCACAACCAGCCGUUUGUUUGGAUAAUUUCGAGUAAGAGAUCGAUAGGAUGGAGGAUGCGUAUUGAUAAGGCUGCUCAGCUCCAUGCUGCUGGGCUGGAGGUGCGUGUCGGAGGAUGGAGCACUUACUGAAUGAGUGGCUGUGGCAGGAGGAGUACUGGCUGCCUUCUGGUAUCCACUGGCAGGACAUUGAAUUGACAGAAGGCGGAGGCCGCUUUCCUCUACCUCGGGACCUCAUCUACACCUUGCCCCUGGCUUUUGCCUUCAUAGCACUCAGAUACGUCUUUGAGAGGGUCAUCGCUGUUCCCUUCAGCAGAUACUUAGGUGUGAAAGAUCGAAUUCGAGUUCGAGCUCCUGCAGUCCCAAAGCUCGAGGCCUUCUACAAACAGCAUCGCCGACCACCAUCACAAAAUGAAUGUGUGAGCCUGGAGAAGCAGUGUGGACUCUCUCAGAGAAAGAUCCAGACAUGGUUUAGACACAGAAAGAACCAAGACCGACCCAGCAACACCAAAAAGUUCUGCGAGGCCUCCUGGCGGUUUGUGUUCUACCUUGUAGCAUUCAUAGCAGGGCUUGGCUCUUUAAUUAAUACUCCCUGGUUCUGGAAACACAGAGAGUGUUGGAGAAACUUCCCCAGGCAGCCCGUGGCCGAGGCUCAUUACUGGUAUUACAUGUUGGAACUGGCUUUCUACUUGUCUCUGCUUCUGUGUGUCUCUGUGGACAUCAAGCGAAAAGAUUUCAAGGAGCAGGUAAUUCAUCACAUCGCCACCAUCUUCCUCAUUGGCUUCUCUUACUGUGCCAACUAUGUGAGAGUCGGCACACUGGUGAUGCUGGUGCACGACUCCUCUGACUUCCUUCUGGAGUCUGCAAAGAUGUUUCACUACGCUGUGUGGACGAGGACAUGCGACUCGCUGUUUGUCAUCUUCGCUCUGGUCUUCCUCAUCACAAGGCUCGUGGUGUUUCCUGGCUGGGUCAUCCACACAACACUGGUGGUGUCUCUUGAUUUCUUCCAACCUUUCUUUGGCUAUUAUUUCUUUAAUUCUCUGCUAUUAGUCCUUCAAGCACUGCACAUCUUCUGGGCCUAUCUGAUCCUGCGUAUGGUCUACAAGUUCGUGUUUCUAGGCAAGGUUGAACGUGACGAACGAAGUGAUGCCGAGAGUGAGUUGGAUGAUGACGAAGAGGAAGAGCCUGACGAAAAUGCAGAAGAGUGUGGCUGGACGCAAAGGAAAGGUGCAAUCAACUCCAAACUGGCCUCCCUGGCUAACAACUGUGUCCUGAACAAUCUGACCCAGCAGAUGAACAGUAGACUACCCAAAGCCAGAUAGUGGAGUAGUUUCCCUCAACACCCACCACCUCCACUGAAAGAUGAGUCAUUCCCCCCUUUUCAUUGUUGGAGAUUAACUUAAUUUCUACUGUAUGAUACAUACUCGUCGCUUGUGCACACCCAUCACGGUCCAUCAAUGAUUUCAGGGUGGAUCUGCAUCAUGUUUUUCUUUAAAAAAGAAUGAUUGUAGAUCUACAGAGAUAAUGUGAGUUUAGAUCACAUCUGUCACUCAUACUGCUGCUUGAAGAAAAAGUUAUAAUUGGAAAAACAAUGAGAUAGUGCGCUGCCUCUCACAUCUAGAAAUAAUUUGUGCACAAUUGUUUUUGUAAAUUUUAGAUUCUGCAGUUUCCUCUUAUUUUAUUGUCACCUUUUUGGGGGGUAAAUAUGUAAAAACAAAUUAUUCUUAAUUUUUUUUUCUUUUUCUUGAUAGUAAAAUUUAAAGGCUUUUUAUACAAAAUCAAACUCUUACAUACGCUGCAGUAUGUUAUAUAUUUUAAAGAAAGCUAAUUUUAGGGUGCAAUUUAAUAAUAUUCAAAUUUCUAUGGUUGACUGUAAAUACUAAAAACAAGAAGUCCUGGUGAAUACCCACUUCACUGAGCUUAUUUUUAUGAAUUAGCAGGAGGAUCAUUUUUGCAAUCUGUGGCAAAUUAUCAAAAUGCCACAGCACAGAUCAGAUCUCUGAGGAAACAUGAAGAUAUAUUCUUUUUUUUUUUUGAUAGGAGCCCCCCAGUUUGAUCUCACUGCUUAGAAAAGAUAUGGUGCCCCCUGGUGCCUAAAGUGGAGAAGACACUUUCUGGCUGACAAUAUGCUGCCUUCAAAAAGUAAUACUGCUGAUAGCAAUGUGGACCUGGACCAUACUUGCAAGUUUGCUUUUUGCCUUUUCUUUCUACUAAGCAGUUCAUUUUUGCUGGUUUGCGCCACUGGACUCUUGUUUUGUGCCUUGCCUGCUGUUCAUAUAUAGUUUGUGUGUGCUUGUAAGAUUUGUGUUUAUUGAACAAACUCAAAGGAAGGGCCUUAUCUGAACAUGUUUUGCAUAUAUUUUUUUCAAGCUGACAAUGCCAGAGUAAGCCGUGAAUAGUUUGCACACAGACUUGAUUUGUGGAGUUAUUCACAAUGUUGAAACUCGUUAUGCCUCAGAAGAUGACAAGGACUUUUAACUUCACUUGAAGGUUAAAAUAUAUAUUUAUUUAUAAAAUGUUUAUGGUAUAUUUUUAAUAAGAUCUCAUUCUAUUAAGUUACUUGAAACAAAAAGUUAAUAAAUAUAUUCAUUCACAACACUGAAGAAAAAUUGAGGUUUGUGGGUCAGUACUGCUUGAGUCCAUGUCACUAAUCAUACCUUUGACUUUAAAAAGUGCAAACAUUGUUUACAUUCACACCAUGUCAUUCAUCCCCAUAAGGUUUUGGUUGAUAGCAAGGAAAUCUUCAUGGUUGAUUGGCUGUUGUGCACACCUCUUUUAAUUUUCUGUAUAACGAUGUACGAUAUAAUGGCAGUAGCCACAGUGAUGAGUUUGUACUGAGCCCACAGUGUGAAGUGGGAUCUGAAAUAAAGUCAUAGGGUAUUUAAAGGGCUGAUCCACUAAAUGACACAAUACUUAGACCACCCAGAAUAUCAUUUUUCUAAAAUAAAUACAAAGACAGAAGAAAUGUGUCCAUCAAACCUUCAUCUGACUUUUCACCCAUGAGUGUGUCUGGAUAUUUUGUCGCUUGUGUAGUUACUUAAAGUCUUUGAAUAAAUUAUUCUACUAAAUCCU